UUUAUGCUCAAACUCGCCAGGCUUCGCGUGUUGUCCACGAAGGACUCGUCUGGACAACCAUUGGAACCGCCUUAAUCGAACCUCCAAGCGCUGGCGCGAGAAAUGACUAUUUAGCACUCAAUUUUUGCCUGACCUAAGGACAUGGCGUCGCUACGCGUUGCACUGCUCCUCGCCAUCGCCCAAACAGCGCGCGCAAGAAGCGCGACGCUCGCCGCGAUCGCGUCAAACGCCGACUACGCGAAUCGGCUCUACGGCUCAUCACACGCCGUCGACCCGGCAAGACUCCGGGUCGUCUGGCCGGACCUCAUGCCGCCGAAACUCCGGGCGGCGUUGCGCGUCGAGUGCGGGCAGACGCGGCAGACGCUCUUCUACGAGCGCCACUUCCUGCAGCGGCGCGCUUUGUGGGUGCACCGGCCGCCCGGCUUUGAGGAGGUCUUCGCGGACAAGUCGUGGGUCGAGGUGACACACUGCGCCUACGGCACAAAUAAGACUGCCGGCCCGUUCUUCUUCGCGGCGGCGGGAAGCGGGGUCUUGAUCUGUGCAUAAAUCAACCAGUGCGUCGGGCGCACGAACGCGUCGUGAAAUUUUGAUUUAUGCACAGGUCUGGAUCAACGUGGGCCGCUCGCUAAGGCUCGACUUCGAGGCCAAGGCAGGCCCGGCGAUCCACCGCGCCAUCGCCGACGGCGACUUCGCGACGGCGGCGCGGCUGCUCGGCGGCGUCGACGUCACGAAAUACGACAGCGUGCAAUUCCGCCGCAUGCACGGCGGCACGUGGCCGGCGGACGUCGUCCUGACCGAGAUCGCGUUCCUGAAAAUAGACGGGUCCGAGGCCGACGCCGUGUCGGUGUUCCACCACGUCCUCAAGUGCGGGCCCCGGCGCGCCUUGCGGCACUGCCGCGCCGGCGACGUGGCGGUCGCCCUGCAGAGCGACUGUCGUCUAUCUCUUAUCAACGACGUAUUCACACCGCACGCAAAUAAACAUGGCCACACGCCCCUCACGGACGUCGUGCCAUCUCGAGGCGUGCGCGACGUGCUCGAGCGCUCGCGGUGCACCGUCGAGAACUGCUCGGCGGCCGCGGCGCGGGCCGGUUGGUGGGAAGCGCAAAUUUCCGAGUGGGACGCACAAAUUCCCGAGGCCGAGGCCGCCGUGGAGCGGCAACGCCAGGUCGUCGCGGAGCGCCGGGCGAAGCGCGACCGCGCCGCGCAGAGGCGCGAGAACGAUCCUGGCAACAAAAAGUACGUCGCGGACCUGAAAAGUGCCGAGGCGUCCGUGGCCUACAACCUCGAGAAGCUCCGCAACGCCACGGACCACGUUGACUAUGUCCGGGCCAAGACCGAGGCCGCGCGGCAGCGCGCGCGCCUGGCCGAGGCACACCGCCUCGCGUGCGUCGGGGGCGACGAUGAACUUCCCGUCGUCGGAAGGCGCCCGGAAGCCGGCUGGGGCGGCCUGCUCUACCGCUUCAUGAUCGGCGCGGAAACGACGUUGAUCGUGCUCCUGCUGUGGGUCGCCGCGGCUGGUCGUGCUCCUGCUGUGGGUUGCGCCCGCGGCGGGAAUAUUAAAAUAAGCAUCUAA